AUGAGAUCAACUAGUGGUUAUAACAUCUUCCUUGGAGGAAAUCUAGUACAAUGGGUUUCUAGGAAGCAGAAUGUUGUUUCUUUAUCUUCAACAAAGGCUGAAUAUAGAGCUUUUAGUCAAACAGCCACUGAAUUGGUUUGGAUUCAACACCUAUUUCAAGAACUUGGUAUAACUAUUAACAACAGUCCUAUUUUGUGGGGUGACAAUAUGAGUGCUAGUGCUUUCUCUUCAAACCAUGUUUUCCAUGCAUGCAGUAAGCACAUUGAAAUAGAUAUGCAUUAUGUCCGAGAAUUAGCCGUAGAGAAGAACCUAUGUGUUCAUUAUGUUGGUACAAGAUAUCAAGUUGCAGAUAUUUUGACCAAGGCACUUCCAAGUGUGGUGGAAUCAGCAAGGUUGAUUUGGGAUGAGAAGAGCAUGAUAGAAGUAAUUGGAUAUGGAGCAGGUGCGGUUAAGAUAGUAACAUUGAUGAUAAAGAAGUUUAAAUAUGCAGAACUGGUGAGUAUGGGUCCUACAGGAAGUGAAAAGAAAGAAGGAGACAAAGCAAAGUCCCAAGUGCUGUACCCAACAUCAAGUCAAAACAUGUCUUCGUUAAGCAAUCGCACCAUAGAUAGGAUGUUUGACUCGCCUGUUGGUUCGGCAGUCCUUGGGGAUGCAUCCCUUGAGAAAUCCAAAGAAUUUGUCACUGGAAGGUUGGAUCCUGAUGCCACAAGCUUGUCCGAUCAAGCUUCAAUCCAAUUAGCCCAGUCCCUACCGACUACGGCUCAUGGGAUACGCAAAGAGCUAUAA